UGUUUUUUGUAAUUGUAAAAUAAUUGUUUUUGAAGAAUUAUUGUCAAGACAUUUUCUGAUUAAGUGAUUAUAGUUCUAAACUUGUAAAAUAAUCUGUUUAUAUUAAUGAAGUAAAAAUGUAGUAAAUUUAAAGUUGUAUACAGUGAGAAAACUAUUUUAAUACUCUAUGCAUAUUAACUGCGCUGUACAUAUCGGAACUUUCUACAUUUUGGGAAAAUCCCAGCGUUGGAAUUUGAAUAUUUCAGAUGUUAGUACAAAAACAACAACAAAAUCCGAAAUGAACGCUCUUCUCGCCUUUAUCAUUACCUUUUUCAGUUCUUUAUCAUCAGUUUUUCCAUUUGGAAUAAAGUUUGAAUGUCCAGAUUAUUUUCAUGACGGAGAAAAUAUUAUAACCUGCAAGAUCAACAGAACUGCAAUUGAAGAAGCUGCCUGCUAUUCUUUAUAUCAGGCAGUAACAUUUGAUCGAACGAUUAAAUUUCAGCCAACGGUUGCUGCAUGUCUGUCAGACAACUAUGAUCCUGGUGCAAAGUGCAGCCCUUUAAGUAAACAUGUUCCAGGAAAGUGUUGGUGUAAUGAUUCAAUUGGAGAGAUCUUCACAUACAAAUUUUCCUACAUUGCCAACAGAACACUUGAUGCAGGGGGGAAACUUGAGUGCAAGCUUUGCAUUUUACCAAGGAAUUAUCUGGAAGUAUUUGUUAGUGAAGGAUGCAUGAAUAUGAAAUUUGCCAGUCAUGAGUCAAACAUUACUCAUCAGCAGUCUUCUUUUUCGUCUUCGGCGGGCAAACAGGAUAACACUGUGACUAUAGUUGCAUGUGUACUUACAGUCACAAUUGUAGCAGCUGUAGUAAUAGCUGUUUUCAUUUUCAUGAAGAAACGUCGCAAUUCCCGCAGAAAGAGGAAUCCUGAAAUAUUUACGACACAUAAUGAGGCCGAACAGGACGUGCCAAUGAUAAAUACUGAGGAAAGACAACAAAGCGGCAAGCCAAACCGGAACGGAAAAUAAGUCAUGGUUAAUGGCAUGCUUCAAAGGUUUUUUUUAAGGCAAAACCUUAAUCGACAUAAAUUGCAAGAACUGAAAAUUUGUUAUUUCGCAAAAGGCAGCUUUUGUUAUAUCUCUUUGCUUAUUCUAGUACAAGUGAUGUUCAGUCAGUCAUGUUGUUUAAUCCAGCUUGUAACUCUACUUCAUAUUUUUUUAAAUCGACAUCUCGUCUAAGAUAACUUUUUGACUUUGUUCUGUAGGCCUCAACAUAAACAGAUUUUCUUCGCAUUGUAAACUAUACCAGACUCUUAUUUAAUCAGGUUUAACAAGGAAAUAAGUUGUCCACAAUGUGAUUUAGUUUCGCUGGAACAGAAUCGAAUCUGUUGGUGCAGCUUGUCGCUACACUUUUACAAUUUCUAUAAGAGGAAGUUACAAAGGAAAUAUUCCGAUCGCAAUUAGUGCAUUAUUAAAAUGCUUCCUUCAGCUAGUUUUGAACCAUUGCCAUUAUUUGACUAGUUUGCAGAGAUUUGGUAUUAAAUCCUUCUGUUCCAUUGCCCCCUCUUCUUUUCUGUAGUUUUACAUAUUUAGAGAGAAUCUCGUUCUGUCCUAAAAACAAAUCUCAUGAAGUGUUACAAAAGUUUGCUGUAUUUCAUGUAUUUGCAACAAUUAGCUUCUUAUCCGCAUCAUGACCUUUUGUCACCGCGAUACAGCCUUAGUUGUUCGCGUAAAGCUCCAACCAACCAUCCGCAUAUUUUAUAUUUAGUUUUGGCUUUGCUUGUUGUGGGCAGGUUCUUAAAGGUCUAUUCGGGUGCAAAAGUUUAUUAGAUGAAGGUCAUUACAGAAUAGCAUUUCCACUAAUCCGGGUGACUAUCCCCUUAUCCUCUUCUGCUGUCGAUAAUAUAAAAAUAAUUCCAUGCGCUAAAGGCCAGACCCAGCUUCAUGUCUGUACAUAAGCGCCUAAUAAUAAGAAUAAUAAUAUGUUGAACGUGUAUAGCGCUUUUUCCCAGCCAUUAAAGGCGGGCUCAAAGCGCAUACUAAAAAAAUACACAGAUAUAAUUAGAACAGAGAACAUUAGUAGAAUCACUGUAGAUGUGUUUUGGUGCCCUUUGAGACGGUAACGUCGGGUCCAUUGCUGUUUUCAUACAGAUGAUUAACAUAUACAGUGUAAUUUCAUUUCUCUCACUCUGGGCAUAAUGAUGAUUGUAGGCGUGUCUUAAAAACGGAAUGUGGACGGCAUUCGCUCAGAUUUAUGAGAAAUAGCAUCUAAGCUGAACGCAGUUAUAUUAUGAACAAUUUUGUCACCCUACUAGACCUUUAACAGUCAUGCCCCUGUUUGCUUUUGUUUGUUUGUUUUUUUAAUUUCACAAGGUUCAUAAUAACUUAACUGUUCAGUGAGGUUGCCUGUAGGGUCCUUUCCUUUUCUGUAUACCAACUGAACAGCAAGACUACCAUCGUGAUUGCCCUAUGACUUUUUUAAUAAGCAACUUGCUUUGUGUGACACAAGAAAGUGUUGUUGUGACAACUCGCUUUUUAUUUACUGGUGUAGACAACAAUUUAAUGAUGUUCCACGAUAGCACACAACAGUCACUUGGGAACACAAGUUAGUCAUACACUUGCAAGUUAAGACAUCUUAUUGAGUAGUCUUUUUAGAGAUGCAGGUCCAUUAGUCAAUGUAGCUCUGCACAUUGAGAGUGUCCUGUACAUAGGUUAACUGCGAUUUUACAUAAUCAAGUAGCUAACACUUAUUUUUUGUUGCUGUUAACACGUUCUAAUCAGAAUCUGCAUUAUGUCCUUGCCAUAAUAGUGCCGGGCUCUUUCGACAGAAUUUAAAUCAACCUUACCAAGCACAAAGUAACAGAAGAAAAGACAUUGGACAUUUUUGACCCGCAAAGAAAGUAAACUGUCUAAUAAAAAUAUAUGUUACGAAAAAUCAGUCGCGAUCAAACGAUAUUAAGACGUUUAUUGAAAAACAAAGUGGUUGCAGUAGCUUGACGAUGUGUUACUAAUGAACAAAGACCCACAAAUGAGACCCGAGAAUGAAGACCAAGAAAUAGUUUGCAAGAUGUGUCAGCAACGAGUCUGUAAACUCCUAUACACUACCGGCCUUCAUCAUUAUCAGCCACAUGAUACAAUUACAGCUCUUCGUAGAAAGUUUAUGUAGAAGAUUUAUUUUAGAACCGCCACUUGUUGGGAGUGUGUAAAGAAAAGAUUUGUAUAUUUUAACAGUUCACGGAUUUUUAAUGACUCUUUAUGGAUGCUUCUCCCAUAGGAUGUGUUCACGUGGCAGUCGUGGAUUGAGAGCGUGUGUGUGUGUGUGUGUGUGUGUGUUAAUAAGGACAUUUUGUUAUGUCUGUAUAAGAUGGUUAUUGCAUCAAUUUUUUUAUUUACCUAGUGCUUUAAUAGUGCAAUAACUAGAUAAGCAUUUUGCAUUCAAUUUAAUGUACAUACAAAUUAUAAAUAGAUAUUAGUAUGUGCUACUUUAAUGUUUUAAUAUACCAUGUGCGAUUAACGCGCUCACAUAUCAGAAUUUUACAAACUUAUCAGAUGUCGUAUCAUCCAGAAAUAUUAUAUUUACCUAAAGAAAAAGCUAAACUUUUAUUUGUGAUUGUGCAAAAUUAAAGUCAGCUUGUGUAUCACCAA